AAACUCCUAGCCGGCGAAACAGGCUCCCGUGAGGCACUUGUGGCCUCCGCCCGUGAACUGCUUCAUCAGGCCGAGCGCCCUAUGGAGAGUGUGGCCUGGUCAUUCUGGGCUCAGCCUGCUCGCACUGCUGCAACGCGUAUCGCGGUAGAUCUGAAGAUUUUCGAGACUGCCAUCGCGGAAGAUGGGCGGCCCAAGACUGCCGAGGAGCUCGCUGCUCCCACGGGAGCCUCGCCGGGGCUCGUCGACCGCAUCGCCCGCAUGUGUGUGUCCAUGCGCAUGAUCGAUGGGAAGGGGUCAGGUCUCUACGCGCCGAACCCUCUGACUCACACGCUCGUGCUGCCAGAGUGUGCUGGCGGUAUCGUUUUCCAUUAUGAUUGCACAGUGCUCACCUGGGCUAAGCUGCCCGAGUAUUUGAGAAGGACCAACUUUCAAAAUCCCGAGGACACACGCAAGGGGCCAUGGCCAUAUGCCAACGGUGUCGACUAUCCCUUCACAGAGCAGAACCCAAAGGACAACCCUGUGGCGUUCCAUGCCUUCCACAAUUAUAUUCAGUAUCACCGGCCUCUUUGGACAGAUAUGUAUCUUUGCAAAGAGUAUCUUGUUGAUGGACUGAAAUCGGAAGGAGAUUCAUCAGCUUUCAUCGAUCUGGGUGGUAAACUGAGGAGAGACAUUCCUAGCUAUACCGGCCGCCUCAUUCUUCAGGAGCGACCACAUAUUAUUGCCCUGGCUAAAUCCAAGGGCAUAGACGCCGAUGGACGCAUCGAGGCACAGGCACAUGAUUUCUUCACCCCGCAACCAAUCAAGGGCGCAAGAGCAUACUACAUGCGCUCCGUUCUUCAUGACUGGCCGGACGAGAAGUGCAGGGAGAUUCUCGCACAGCUGAAGGCCGUGAUGGAACCAGGCUAUUCAAAGAUCCUGCUUAAUGAGUACAUGCUGGAUAAUGACAGGCCAGACUGGCGGCCUCUUUCGCUCGAUCUUCUCAUGAUGGUGGUCAAUGCUGCCUCUGAGCGCUCGGAGCGCCAAUGGCGGGAUCUGAUUACCAGUGCUGGUCUGAAGAGUACGGGAAUCUUCAGCAACGGCGACGAGGGAACUGAGAGUGUGAUAGAGGUUAUGCUAUAG